GGAGGAGAGGGGGUAGUGCUGUGUGUGUGCGCGUGUGUGUGCGUGUGUGUGCGCGUGUCUACAGGUAGCAGCGGCGGCGGCGGCGGCGGCGGCGGGGACCGGAGCAGGGGACGAUCUGCAGCCACCUCCCCGCCUGUGAUUUUUGGAGGCGAUUGCUCACUUGGCUGGCGGAUCUGUACCCUCAGGAGAUCUUCUCAUCCUCUCCAUUUCCACGCGUCUUAGGCGUCUUCCAGUUGCAAGUGUGUGUUUGGGGUAUUUUAUUAAUUUUUUUUUUUCUUCUCCCUCUAAAUCUUCUCGGGAAUUCUGCGUAUUGAAGCAGGUGGCUCCUGAUCACAGAAAUCUUUGGAUGUAUUUGGCUUGCCAAGUUUUUCUCUUCCCCGUCCCCUCCCUCUUCAGAGGCAUCUGUGGUGCUUUUCUUUUUGGAUUUAUAUGCAGAAAACGUCUAUAUGUUUAUAUACCGACCGCAUAAUAUGUAAAUACAUACAUGCGUGUCCAAGCGCUUGGUUUUCAUCUCUCUUCCCGACAAAGCGGAAUGUUUCGGAGCCGAUGGAUAACGAGAACAGUAUUAACAUUCUUUUGAGCCUGUUUUUUAACAAGGGGAGGGAGCGUGAAGGAUUGUUUAACAUUCGGCCAUCGUUUGGCUGCACACUAAGCAUCACGAAGUAUUUAUGGUUGCAGAUCAGGUGCAAACGGGGCUUAGAGAGAAAGGAUGCAGACCUGCUGCUAACUGGAUUUGAUUUAUAAGAGGGAAAUCUACAGUCAAUGGCCACUCUUGUCACGUUGCUACUAUGGGAAACAGAAUGGUCAAUAGGAUAUGGUCUGAUAACUAGUGAUGAUUGAAGAUGCUACUUCAGUCCAUGUGAAAUCGAUGGGAGAUAGUGGCUGCAUAAAGAGCUUCCUGAGCUUUUCUUGACAAACUCGCCUUGAAGAAGUCGGAGGUGUAUUCUACCAUUAUACGGUCUUUCUCAAGUGGAUACAAAUACCUUUGCCUCCCUGUAACCAGACAACUACACAGCUAAUGUGGGACCAUGGCACUGCCCAGAUGCAUGUGGCCAAAUUAUGUUUGGAGAGCAGUAAUGGCAUGCUUGGUACACAGGGGAUUGGGUGCCUCAUUGACUCUCUGCGUGUUGGGAUGUUUACUUCAGGCUGCCCAUGUGCUUUCCCAAAAAUUGGAUGAUGCAGACCCACUGGUGACUACCAACUUCGGCAAGAUAAGGGGGAUUAAGAAAGAACUCAAUAACGAAAUUUUGGGGCCUGUUAUUCAAUUUCUUGGGGUUCCGUAUGCUGCCCCACCCACAGGGGAACAUCGUUUUCAGCCUCCAGAGCCACCAUCCCCCUGGUCAGAUAUCAGGAAUGCGACUCAGUUUGCUCCCGUGUGCCCCCAGAAUAUCAUCGAUGGCAGAUUGCCGGAAGUCAUGCUUCCUGUGUGGUUUACUAAUAACUUGGAUGUGGUUUCAUCAUACGUGCAAGACCAGAGUGAAGAUUGCCUAUAUUUAAACAUAUACGUUCCCACUGAGGAUGUAAAAAGAAUAUCCAAGGAAUGUGCCAGAAAACCCGGCAAGAAAAUAUGUAGAAAAGGAGGUCCCCUUACAAAGAAACAGACAGAUGAUUUAGGUGAUAAUGACGGUGCUGAAGAUGAAGAUAUUCGGGACAGUGGGGGUCCCAAACCAGUGAUGGUGUAUAUCCAUGGUGGCUCAUAUAUGGAAGGUACUGGAAAUUUAUAUGAUGGCAGUGUCUUGGCAAGUUAUGGCAAUGUGAUCGUCAUCACAGUCAACUAUCGACUUGGGGUGCUUGGUUUCUUGAGCACAGGGGAUCAGGCUGCAAAAGGAAACUAUGGACUCCUUGAUCUCAUACAGGCUUUAAGAUGGACUAGUGAGAACAUUGGAUUCUUUGGUGGUGACCCCUUAAGAAUCACUGUUUUUGGAUCUGGCGCUGGGGGUUCAUGUGUCAAUCUCCUGACUUUAUCCCAUUAUUCUGAAGGUAACCGUUGGAGCAAUUCAACCAAAGGACUUUUCCAACGAGCCAUAGCUCAAAGUGGAACAGCCCUUUCCAGCUGGGCUGUUAGUUUCCAACCUGCAAAAUACGCUAGAAUGUUGGCCACAAAAGUUGGUUGCAAUGUUUCAGAUACAGUAGAGUUAGUGGAAUGCCUACAGAAGAAGCCUUACAAAGAACUUGUUGACCAAGAUAUUCAACCAGCACGAUACCAUAUAGCCUUUGGACCUGUGAUUGAUGGUGAUGUAAUACCAGAUGACCCUCAGAUAUUGAUGGAGCAAGGAGAGUUUCUCAACUAUGAUAUAAUGUUAGGAGUUAACCAAGGGGAAGGGUUGAAAUUUGUUGAAAAUAUAGUAGAUAGUGAUGAUGGUAUAUCAGCUAGUGAUUUUGACUUUGCUGUUUCCAAUUUUGUUGAUAAUUUAUAUGGAUAUCCUGAAGGCAAAGAUGUUUUAAGAGAAACCAUUAAAUUCAUGUAUACUGACUGGGCUGACCGUCAUAACCCUGAAACCAGAAGGAAGACCUUAUUGGCUUUGUUUACAGACCAUCAGUGGGUGGCACCAGCUGUAGCUACAGCAGAUCUUCACUCAAACUUUGGUUCACCUACAUAUUUCUAUGCCUUUUACCAUCAUUGCCAAACAGAUCAAGUUCCAGCUUGGGCUGAUGCAGCUCAUGGAGAUGAGGUUCCCUACGUACUAGGAAUCCCCAUGAUUGGACCUACAGAGUUAUUUCCUUGCAAUUUCUCCAAAAAUGAUGUGAUGCUGAGUGCAGUUGUAAUGACAUACUGGACAAAUUUUGCCAAAACUGGUGACCCAAAUCAACCAGUCCCUCAAGACACGAAAUUCAUCCAUACCAAACCCAACCGCUUCGAAGAAGUAGCAUGGACCAGAUAUUCCCAGAAAGAUCAACUUUAUCUCCAUAUUGGAUUAAAACCAAGAGUUAAAGAACAUUACAGAGCCAAUAAGGUGAACCUCUGGUUGGAGCUGGUACCUCAUCUGCAUAAUCUCAAUGACAUUUCUCAGUAUACCUCGACAACAACUAAAGUGCCAUCAACCGACAUCACUUUCAGACCUACGAGAAAGAAUUCUGUACCUGUCACAUCAGCAUUUCCCACUGCCAAGCAGGACGAUCCCAAACAACAACCAAGUCCAUUUUCAGUGGAUCAAAGGGACUACUCCACAGAGCUGAGCGUCACUAUUGCGGUUGGAGCAUCACUGCUGUUUCUGAACAUCCUUGCCUUUGCAGCCCUGUACUACAAAAAGGAUAAGAGGAGACAUGAUGUUCACAGGAGAUGCAGCCCUCAGCGCACUACUACCAAUGAUCUGACCCACGCACAAGAAGAGGAGAUCAUGUCCCUCCAAAUGAAGCACACUGAUUUGGAUCAUGAAUGUGAGUCCAUCCAUCCACAUGAGGUGGUUCUUCGGACCGCCUGCCCCCCAGAUUACACACUAGCUAUGAGGAGGUCACCUGAUGAUGUUCCCUUAAUGACACCCAACACCAUUACAAUGAUUCCCAACACUAUACCAGGGAUUCAACCCUUACACACAUUCAAUACAUUUACUGGAGGACAGAACAAUACUCUGCCCCAUCCCCAUCCCCACCCCCAUUCACAUUCAACAACCAGGGUAUAGCCAGAUAAGAGAAACAAACUCUAUUUUUUUGAUGGAUUGCAGUAAAAGAUUACUGAAGAUUCCUUGGCUUUCAACCUACAAGACUCUUACUAUUUAAAUAAGGAGGAAUAUUAUGUGAAUAUACAUAUCAAGAACUUUGGGGGUUUUGAAAAAAAAUAAAUUGUACAUAUAUACACAAAUCAACUUUAAAAAUGAAUUUCAAUUGCUUGAAGCAAUUGUUCUGAAUGAUACUUUUUCAUUCACAUUCAAGAAUUAAUUUUUUGAAGAUUUAUGUUACAUAAUGGAAUUAGGCAUGUGGAACACCAAACAGGAAAGAACUAUGUCUGAAAUAUAAAUCAUAAAAAUAAAAAACAACCAUGAAUAUGCACAAGGGACACACCAAUGGAAUGUCAGAUAAUUUUCACCAGUUUUUAUUUGGAGGCGUUUUAUUGUGUAGACCAUAUUUACAUAUUUGGAUAAGUACACAAAGCACCAAUGCUGUUAAUGGCCUUAGCGGAGGCUCAUGCUGAAAUUUGCCAGUAAAACAAAGAAGUUUAAAGACUGGCAGGUACGACAUUAUCACAUAAGUGCUGUCAGUAUAAAGUUGUGGGGAUAAAGGAAACUGGAUAUUUUUAGCACGAUGUGCAUGAUAAUUUAUAUGCUUGGUGGCUGUGCUGCUGAUUAAGCCGUAAUUAAAAUUCUUCUCAUCCCAUUGGAGUCUUUAAUAGAAGCUUCCUCUAUCAAUUGGCAGAACCUAAAGAAGAUUUUAAGGGGCAAAAGUAAUUAGAAGUAAAUAAUUCACAGUAGUUUUGAUAAUAGGAAGAAUUAGUUAUUAAAGGUAUUUGAAGAAACUAUAGGCAUAGUGGUGAAUACUCGCUGAUACGAAUCCCAGGAAAAAAGAAGUUCCUGUGUUUUUAAUGUUCUUUUCAUCCCAAUCUAAAUAAUUUAUAGAAAUACAACCCUAAUUGGACAUGUGUUACAGGAUCUAUAAUUUGCUGUGGUUUUUGUUAUUCUGUAUUUUGUUCCUUUUGGUAAGGUGAAGUGUGUCCAAAGAGUUACUUGCAACAGUCUUCUAUGAUAUGAGGAUGCCCCAAAUUACCACUCUGAUUACAGUUCUCAGUUAAUUGAUUUACUCAUGUUGCAUGACAAAAUGUUUACUAAUAAGAAUUCAAUAUACAGUUAUAUCCCUCCUCAUAUCGCUUAUCUUUCUCACUGAGGCUCAUUCACUGGAAUUUACUCACCCAAUCUCAGUAGAGUACUACAUAGAUGCAGAACCUAGAAGGAGAGUCAACACCUGGAGGAUUUUAGUCUUACACGUAUGUGUGAUUUUAAAUGAAUACUCUAAGACCACAGGAAACUCUUCAUCCCCUGUUGUUUACCAGUAACAGUAUAUCACAGACCUUUCCAAAUGUUUGUAUAUGUAAUCAGAUGUACAUUUAUAUUAAAAGAAAUUGAGAUGGACUUAAAGAGCACAUCCUGAUAAAUACUUUCUCUCUUACCUGUACUAUAUUUCUAUUAGACUAAAGUUAUGUGAUUUUUUUUUACAUUUUUUCAGAUGACUAGCAAUUUUGAUAGUUUGUAAGAUAAUGCAAAGAACUUUCUCUGACAAACUAACUGCAGUAACAGAAACCUUUCUUUUCAGUUACUCUUUUUCAAGAAUGAAAGCUUAUUAUACAAAAAAAAAAUUGUAUACUACUUGAUGGAAACAACUUUGUACAUCUUGGCCAUGUCACUGGUCAUUGCGUGAAAUAAAGAUAAUCUGGAUAAUGACUAUUAGUCCAAUGCUAAGAGACAUGAUCUUUGCUCAUUAAAGAGCUAAAAUGUUUAUUGCUGUUUUGUCUUUUUUUUUUUUAAUAACAAAAGAAACAUGACUGUCUCAGAGAGUCAUUUUUCUAGACCAGUUGGGUUUUUGAAGACAUAUAGAUAACUUCUAUAGAAAACACAUGUGUAUUUAAAGGCAAGUCUCAUCUAAGAUGAAACCGAUGAAACUUUAACAUUGUGAAUUUAUAAGCCCGGGAACUCAUGAAAAAUAUUAGCUUUGUAUUUUUAAAUACCUCUUAUGUGAAAGUGUUGUAGAAAUAAAAUGUGCCAAUUCUUCUCAGUUAGAAACACAGGUUCUGAUUUUCAUCGUCAAGGAAAAGGCCUAUUGGAAAUAAAUGUGCAAUAUUUCAUGGAUCGAGAAUUGCUAGGUUCAUAAUAUAAGGGUGAUUAGACUAUCAUAAAGUAAUGGAUAAAAAGUUACCCUCCUAAGAGAACUAAAAAAUGCUGAGCAAGACAUUAAGCUGACACUAAGAGAGAAAAUCUUCUGUAUCAAGAAAUUUCUUUGCUUGUAAUUCCCAUUCCCAGUUAUUAACUAUCAAUUAAAUGUAGAUAGUACUCUAUAACUUCAAGUAAAAAUCUCUGUUGAGGCAAAAAGUCUUCAAAACCCAGAGCGGUCUACAUGCAGCUUUUGCUUAAUAUGGCUAUGCUUUUAGACUGUGAACUGCCAAUGUAAACCAAGAAAAAGAAUUGCUUAACAUCUGAAAUAUUGCUAAUCACAAAACUGUCUUUUAUUACACCAGUUAAACAAAAGAUAAAAAGAAACAGAAAUGGCAACAAAUAAGAUAUGAGUGAAAUCUUUCAUGUGCAUUACUUCACUUGGCAAAAUCAAGCAUUCUCUUCUAUCUUAAUGAUGGCCAUAUUUAUAUCUAUCUGCAUACCUGUUGCUCUAAAUUAAUCUAACAAUCUACCUAUAUAUGCCACAACUGACAUCUGCGUUAUAUUAAUUUAGGGAAAUGAUUUAGGAAAACAAACACAGUCCUAGUCUUUUUUCUAAAUUAAUGUAGUAUCAACUUUGUGGAAGAUAAAAAGCAGUUCUAGGUUUUAUUAUUGUUCUCAAGUUGUGAUAAAGUCAUUGUGAAUGAGUGUUAGUUGUUAGUUUUAUAAUUACAGCAGCUAGUUUUCUGAGUGUAAAAUGGUUUCCCACAAUAAACAGAACAUUAAGAACUGUUUUUAAAGCUGAAACAUAAUUUUUAAAUGCAAAAAAUAUUUUUGAAUAUUGUUACAU